UCACAGCCCGCUCUCUGUAGUCAAAGCAAGGAUCAGAUUCUCUGCCUUAGUAAAAUAUAUAUAUAUAUCUUGGUGUGAAUAUUCAAGGAGAAGAAAGUGAAAAAGAAGAGGAGGGAAGGAUCGUUGGAAAGGGCAAAGGAGAAAGAAGUCGAUCAUUUCAGGGGGGAAAUAGGAACAGAAGGGAGUUGAAUUUGCAGAGCAAAGGUGUAGAAAGCACAGGACUCUUCAUCGUGGGAGAACGGAAGCCUGCGGAACGGAGACGGCAGAUUUUGCAACUCAAAUUAAUCCCCAGCAUGCAGAAACAGCAAGAGCAGUGUCAGAUAUUUACGGUCAUCCUCUUUGCAUCUAUUUUCCUGCUAGCAGCCGUGAGCAUUACUGAAGCUGGCAAAAAAGAAAAACCAGAGAGGAAGGUGAAGAAAACUGACUGUGGCGGCUGGCAGUGGAGUGUGUGCGUUCCUACCAGUGGGGACUGUGGGCUAGGGACUCGCGAGGGCACCCGGAGUGGCGCUGACUGCAAGCAAACAAUGAAGACCCAGAGGUGUAAGAUCCCCUGCAACUGGAAGAAGCAGUUUGGAGCGGAGUGUAAAUACCAGUUCCAGGCCUGGGGAGAAUGUGACUUGAACACGGCCUUGAAGACCCGAACUGGAAACCUAAAGCGAGCCCUGCACAAUGCAGACUGCCAGAAGACAGUCACCAUCUCCAAGCCCUGCGGGAAGCUCACCAAACCCAAACCUCAAGAGCCCAAGAAAAAGAAAAAAGAAGGCAAGAAACAGGAGAAGACGCUGGAAUAGGGAAGCUCUUCCGGGCUGCGUGGGAAUAGGACUUCCUCGAAUGUAAUCGGUUAACACGUUUCAUUGACACCUAGGUGUUU